AUGGCCCCUCACGCAAGCGCCGGAAAGACACCCAAUGUCCUCCCUGAUUGGUGGGCAUUCGCAUUCAUGGGACUCCAAGCGGCCGCCUUGAUCCCUCUCACCAUCCAGAAUGUACUCGACCCUAACAAAAUGUUCAAAGGGCUGUUGCCGCCCGGCUUUGACCUUGCUACGGACGGUCUGAACAAGAGUCUGCGGGUCGAGAUGGCUGGGUUGAGUAGCGCUCAUGCAUUCCCUAUGAUAGCAUCCCUUUUUAUCGGUUGCACGCUCUUUGCGCGCAACUCACUGGCUGGGCAGCCGGUCUUGCAGCAGCGUUUGAUGAAGCUUCCCAUAUACGUUGGGUUGUUCUCGGACAUUUGCCUGUACGCUAUCCAGUUUACCAAACUCCCGUCGGCCGUAUUGUACAACCCGAAGCUCUGGACGUCGGCGACCUCGGGCCUGCUCUAUGGUCUGCCGGUGGCGACGCUUCUCAAGCUGGUCUGGGUGUUUGGGAUCGGGCGUGAUGUGGUGUGA